AUGGCAUCGGUGGUUCACUCCACCCUAACCUACUGGCUCGUGAACCACCCCAAGAUUUCCAACUUUACGUGGACCGAAGGUGAAACCUUUGGCUCCGCCGUCUUCUUCGUCUCCGUUGUAGUCUCCGCUUACCUCUUCGCCACAUUCCUCCUCCGACAUGCCAUGGUUUCACUCCCCUCACUCGGUCCCCGCAUUCUCAAACCAAUCAUGGCUGUCGGUUGCACUCUCUCCAUAACCUCAGACCCUACGACACGUUUCUUCAACGCGAUUUGUUUUCCUGUGGACAUGAAGCCCAGCGGGCCACUCUUUUUCUGGGCUCAAGUUUUCUACCUCUCGAAGAUCCUUGAGUUUGGAGACACACUCCUCAUCAUACUUGGCAAAUCAUUCAGGCGACUCUCGUUCCUUCACGUGUACCAUCAUGUGACUGUAUUGAACCUGUGCUUCGUCUGGCUUCGAACCCGCCAGUCCAUGUUUCCCGUCGGAGUCGUGACGAAUUCGACGGUUCAUGUUAUUAUGUACGGUUACUACUUCCUGUGUGCCGUAGGAUGUAGGCCAAGGUGGAAGAGGCUGGUGACGGAUUUUCAGCUUGUACAGUUUGUUUUCGGCUUCGGAAUAUUAGCUUUGAUGUUGUCACAGCAUUAUUUCGGGUCGGGUUGCUCCGGGAUUUGGGGAAGUUAUUUUACAGCUGCAUUUAAUGCUUCGCUCUUGGCUCUCUUCUUCAACUUCCGUUCCAAGAACUAUGUGAAGAAAGACAACCGAGAUGAUUAAAUUGUCUUGAACUGUUUAGACUCUCGAUCUCUUCCUAUUUGUUGUUACUGGAAAAUGUUGGGAUAGUUGAAAUUGUUUUACUAUGAAUAAGAUGACAAAACAUGUAUUAAAAUGUCACAUAAAUCAUGAAAUGACUUCUUUCUAUGAUAUACAGCAUUCGCCAACCAACGUUUCUUUAA